CCCUAAUAACCCCCACCAAAUUUCCCCAAAUUGAACCCUCUUUGUUUCUCACUUAGCCGCUGCCGCCCAAUACCCUCUCUAUCUCUCAGCUCUCAUCGCCGUCAGAGACGCCGGCCACCGCCGCCCUCUGUUCGCAGCACCAAAGCAGGCCGAGCAAGGCGAGUGUUGGGCUUGCUCUGGUUCGUCCUUUACCGUCGACGAGCGUGCAAUCGAAAAUUGGUGCGCGGGGUUGCGCAUAGAUCGCCGGUUCUCGCCGCCUCCGGCACGGUGAUGGGAGUGGUGGUUCUUUUCCUCCAUCAUUUUCUACUUCUUUUCCUAAAUCUCAAGAAUCCUAAAUCUCUAGGGUUUUGAUAUUUUUUCUCUUUCGAUUCUAUUCCAUCCUGCGCGCCUUCGUCACCGCCUGAGUUUCCGUCCACUGCGCUGCGCCUGGGAGAAGGAGCGGUGCAAGGCCGACAUUCUCUCCCACCCUCUCUACGACCAGCUCCUCUCCGCCCACGUCGCCUGCCUCCGCAUCGCCACGCCCGUCGACCAGCUCCCCAAGAUUGACGCCCAGCUCGCCCAGCACCAGAUGCUCGCCAAGUACUCUGUUCUCGGACACGCCCACCAGCCCCUCCACGACAAGGACCUCGACCAUUUCAUGAUUGCUGUGUUACUGGACUGUCCCUCUAUGGAGAUAAAGCGAAGCCGAAGACUUAUGCUGUGCGUUUCGCGACUCCUGAUGGGGGCAGGGGCCGCGACCACGGCCGCAGCAGCAGCAGCAGUACUUGUGUUGUUUUGCAUUUCCAAUUUGCGCGUUUCGCGACUCCUGAUGGGAAGAACUUGCAGGUUACUUAUUAAGUUAAUGCUAAUCCAUCUUUCUCUGGUUGCACUGAUCCUAACUUGCACUUUGUUGAGUCACAUGUUCUACCCUUAGAAGCUUGAGAGAGGUUGUUGAGCUGCUGAAACUCAUCAAAGUUGGAGCAUGAAGGUGCUUCUGUGAAGUUUCUUUUUUUUUUUUUUUUUUUUUUUGAGUUAGGCUCAAAACAUUAUGUAUGAAGGUUUUGGAUGAUAAUGUAUGAAUGUUUUGUAUUAUAUAUAAUAUAUGUUAUUGAUGAUUUUAUCA